GACGCGGGAAGGCGGAAGCGGUGGCGGGAUGGGGCGGUGCAGGACCGGGUUGCGCCUGGCUUUGGAGGGGAACAUCGCCGUGGGGAAAUCCACCUUCCUGAAGCUGCUGGGUGUCACCUUCCCUGAGUGGCACUUGGUGACCGAACCGGUGGCCCAGUGGAGAAAGGUCCCAGCGGGGGGCACGGCAGAGGCACCUGUGGGCUCCACCAACCUUCUCCAGAUGAUGUACAAGGAACCAGCUCGAUGGUCCUACACCUUCCAGACCUUCUCCUGCCUCAGCCGGCUGAAGGCCAUGCUAGAGCCCCCCUCCCAACGCCCUUUCACCCCCCCACAUCCCGUCCAGGUCUUUGAACGCUCCAUCUACAGUGACAGGUAUGUCUUUGCCAAGAACCUGUUUGAGGUCGGGCACCUGCAGCCACUGGAAUGGGCGAUCUACCAGGACUGGCACAGCUUCAUCCUGCAGCACCUGGGGUCCCGUGCUGCCCUCCAUGGCUUCCUUUACCUCCGGGCCACACCACAGAGGUGCCUGGAGCGGCUGCGGCGCCGGGCACGGAAUGAAGAGGGGGGCAUCCAGCUGGGGUACCUGGAGCAGCUCCACACCCAGCAUGAGCAGUGGCUGCUGGACAGAACCACCUGGGUCCACUUUGAGGAGGUGAAGCAGGCGCCUGUCCUGGUGCUGGAUGUGGACAAGGACUUUGAGAACGAUGUGGCCAUGCAGGAUGUCCUCAUGGCACAGGUGGAAGCUUUCACCACGGGGCUGGGAGCCAAAGCUUUGCCAUCACAUCCUGACCCUUGCUGAGUGGUGACAUCCCUGUCACCAGGACCCACAGCACAACCAGGACAGGGCCAUCACCAUUGCCUCCAGCUGAAGAUCCCAAGGACAAAGGACAAGUCCCCAACUGUCCCCCUCAGUCCUUUUUUGUUGGGCGAGGGGUGGAUUGAAGGCACUAUUGGCACAGCGAUGGUUUUAAGGCAGAGAUUUGGAGGCACCUGGGGCUCCCUGCACACUUUGGGGGGGUCCUGCUUGCUGCUGUCACCCUUCCCCAUCCACAGAGACCCCCCAGCCUGGAAUUCCAGGGACAGGGAUGCUCCCAAAGGUGGAUUUCAUGCACUGGUUGAGUUCCAACAGAAAAUUCUUGGUGGUUUGUGUUUAAGUUCCACUAACACACACACCCCCAACACCCCCAAACUCUUAAUUUAUAGAAUUAUUGUUUUUCCCCUUAAAUUAAACCCAAGGUGGCAUCAAA